CUGAGCUACCAGGCCCGGGAGCGCGAUGUGGAGCGCUUCUUUAAGGGCUAUGGGAAGAUCCUGGAGGUGGAUCUGAAGAACGGGUGGGGAAAGAUCAAGUGCAGACUGAGAUGUGGCCAGCGUUUGCAGACCAGGAAUCCACACCAGCUCUAAGCAGAGAGCUCUUGGUGUGCGGGAACUGCCAGUGUGCCGACGUGAAAAGAGCCCCAGACUGGGUACUGGUGAGCCCUGAAGUCGCACCCCAGCUCUGCCACUCAGUGAGCACGGCAACAUCCCUAAUCCUGACCAGCCAUGGAGAGUUUCGGUUCUUGCCAGUGAAUGUGGGAAUGGCUCACCACAUUGGGAAAACAAAACUCACAUCCUGCUGAUGUUGGCUGAGGACUGUCAUGUCCACAUACAAAGAAAAGCAUGUGGCACAGUUUUAGGACAAAGAUAUGGGUUUGUGGAGUUUGAUGAUCUGCGAGAUGCAGAUGAUGCUGUUUAUGAGCUGAAUGGCAAAGACCUUUGUGGUGAGCGAGUAAUUGUUGAGCAUGCCCGCGGCCCACGACGAGAUGGCAGUUACGGUUCUGGACGCAGUGGAUAUGGUUAUAGAAGAAGUGGCCGAGAUAAAUACGGCCCUCCUACACGCACAGAAUACAGACUUAUUGUGGAGAAUUUGUCAAGUCGGUGCAGCUGGCAAGACCUAAAGGAUUAUAUGCGUCAGGCAGGAGAAGUGACUUAUGCAGAUGCCCACAAGGGACGGAAAAAUGAAGGGGUGAUUGAAUUUGUGUCUUACUCUGAUAUGAAAAGAGCUUUGGAAAAGUUAGAUGGAACGGAAGUCAAUGGCAGAAAAAUCAGAUUAGUUGAAGACAAGCCUGGCUCCAGAAGACGCAGGUCCUACUCCAGGAGCCGCAGUCACUCAAGGUCUCGCUCUCGAAGCAGACACUCUCGUAAGAGCAGAAGCCGGAGCGGCAGCAGCAAAAGCAGUCAUUCUAAGAGCAGAUCCAGGUCCAGGUCAGGCUCCCGUUCCCGGAGCAAGAGCCGCAGCCGCAGCCAGAGCCGCAGCCGCAGCAAGAAGGAAAAGAGCCGCAGCCCCAGCAAGGACAAGAGCCGCAGCCGCAGCCGCAGCGCCGACAAGCGCCGCAGCAAGAGCAAAGACCCGGCGGAGGAGAAGGUGCAGAACAGCGACCGCACUGGCAAGUCCAAGAGCCGCAGCCGCAGCCGGUGCAAGAGCAAGAGCCGCAGCCCCAGCCGGCGCAAGAGCAAGAGCCGCAGCCCCAGCCGGCGCAAGAGCAAGAGCCGCAGCCCCAGCCGGCGCAAGAGUAAGAGCCGCAGCCGCAGCCAGGAGAGGGGCGCGGAGGAGGCCCGGGGCAGCGCGAGCAGGAGCCGAAGCAAGGAGAAGAGCCUGCGCAAGAGCCGCAGCCGCAGCCAAGGGGGCAGCCGCAGCCGCAGCCGCAGCAAAAGCAAGGACAAGAGGAAGGGGAGGAAGAGGAGCCGGGAGGAGAGCCGCAGCCGCAGCCGCAGCAAGAGUGAGAGGAGCCGGAAACGGGGUGGCAAGCGAGACAGCAAGUCGGGCAGCGGCGGCGGGAGCGGCAGCAGCAAGAAGAAGAAGAAGGAAGACGCGGACCGCUCGCAGUCCAGGUCACGCUCCCGCUCGGGCUCCAAGGAGAGGGAGCGUGCCAAGUCCGAGUCCGGCCAGAGGGAAGGCCGAGGGGAGGGUGAGGAUGCCGGCGCCAAUCAGGAGACCCGGUCCAGGUCGAGGUCCAAUUCCAAAUCAAAACCAAACCUUCCAUCAGAAUCACGCUCCAGAUCAAAGUCCGCCUCAAAAACCCGGUCUCGGUCCAGGUCUGGGUCCAGAUCGCCCUCCCGAUCUAGGUCCAGGUCUCACUCGAGGUCCUAACUGGCCGCGGCCACAGCUGGAACUCCCCGAGCUGUCUUUUUGUACAUGUUUGGUAGCCGUAGCACAAGUGAUUGGAGUAAAACACAUGUCACACUGUACAUUUUUACUUCCCCUAAUGGUGUGUCUACAACUGUUAAAUCUAAGUGCUUCCUCUCCAUAAAGCCGCCUGGGCCCAGGCCUUCCUGCUCGACUGAAAACAAUCUUCUCUUUGAAAACCCCUUUUACUCAUGGCCCACGGUAGAAUAUCCAAAAUGCCUUGGCUUUCAGGCCUGGCCUUUCCUACAGGGAGCUCAGAACCUGGAUGGCUUUAAGGCUGGAAUGAUGUCAUAGGUAGGUAUGGUGAGUUCAACCAUUUUGCCCCUGGAUUGAUGCCCUUUGAUGUAUGCCAUUUAGUGAAAGUGCUAAGUCUUAAGUUUCCUACCACUUUGGUUUCAUAUUUUUGGACUUAACAAAGUUGUGAAUAGCAAGCACAGUCAAGGAAAACUGAUACCUGCAGUAACCCAUAGGAAAUAAACUGUAGAGUUCCAUAUUCUGGUAUUGUGAUUAUAUUGUUUUAUAUUAAAAAAAAGAAAAGAAAAGAAUUUUUUUUAAUUUUAUUUUUCCCCGUCUUGCAAAGUAUAGUGACCCCUGUUUCCAUUAAAUUUGAAUAAAGACUAUUUUUGCUUGACAAAAUUU